ACCAAUUACAAGAGCACAAUUUGAAGAUUUUGUGGAAUGUUUUAGACGGUUCAAUGAGGUUCCGUUUGAACCAGUUCUUAUUAUAAAGGCUACUUCUGAAAGGAGCGAAGAAGACCAAGAGAAUCUUUUUCUUCCUAAAGAAAAUCAGCUCAAGGUUUCGCAUGAUUCAUAGGAAUUUAAUAAUACGUUAUCAACUCAAGAGGAGUUAUCGUUUUCUAAUGGUUCUCUAACUUUUCCGGACACAUGAGUUGGUAAGGAGAAUACAAAAGAAACUUCGCAAAAGAUGAAGAGAAUCAAUUGAAGGAAGUUUUACAUAAUUCUUCAAAACUUGAUGCAUAUCCAAGUGUUGAUAUUCCCUUUGAAGAAACGUUUGUGUGAUGGUCUACACCAACAAGAAUUGGGUGGAGAAAUACAUAUCUUUCACCUGUAGUUGAAGACCUGGGAUUCAGAAGUUCGUUGUUUCUUACUGGUUUGCCUAAAGAUUUUCCAAUCGGAUUUCAUGUUGAGUUAACUCCAGUGAAUUUUUUUUGUGGUAUAUCCGACGACAGAGAUUUACUCCGGAAGAAUUCGUGGUAGGAAUUUCUUAAACACAACGAGAGUAACGUUGGAAAAAGAUUAUGAAGACGUUAAUGUUUGCAUGAACGUUCUCGUGUUAUUCCAACUACAAGAGGUACGAGAAGGCGCAGCUGUAAAUCUACUUUCUAAAGUUUCAUAUGACUCUCAUUCAUCUUUGUUCGAGCCUGGAUUAUUGACACAAACUGAUGGAUACAGUACUGACACCAAGUUGGUUUUGGUGAACUGUAACUGCGAGAGAAUUAUGUUGCUUAAGAUUUUAAUGGAUCUGCAUGUGAGACGUUUGCAUCUGUGCUUUGAACCAUUAUAUUUUCUAAUGACAGUAAAUUCUAUUUUCAAUCACGGGAUAGAUGUUGCUGAGUUUCCUGGAUUCGCCGGAUAGAUGGAUAAACUUCUGCGGUUUGUGUUUGAGCAGUCGCUUGUUGAGACCAAAUUUUUGGUUAUCGACAUUAAGAAAUUUGAUUCAGAAUCAACAGAAACGUGGUUUUAUGUGAAGAUAGAAGAAAUAUUUGAAGGUGAUGGCAUAAAUGUAUUAACUCUUGAGGUUCGUGACAUAAACCACUUUCGUGAUUACACCCUUGGGAAUUAUCCUGCAAAUAUCACAGGCUACAAGAGAAGGCAGAAACAUGAUAUUUGGUUACCACUUCUAAACAUUAAGGUGUCGUCUUGCAGUAACUUUUCUUUCCAUGUACUCUAGUGAAGCAUAUGAUUUAUGUCUUACAGAAGUCAUGACGAUUAUCACUUUGUUGCUACUGAAGUUGGUGAUCUUAGUUACCUACCACCACUGCGAGAACACCAUGUCUCGUGUUGGAAAUUAUCAUUUUCCUCUUGGAAAUAUGACAUUAUCUGGUGUAGAAGCCGUAGAAGCAAGUAAUAAUUAUUGUGUUGAUCAAGGGUUUGUGACUAUUCGAACUGGUGAUUUCUUGAAGGAAUACUUUCCAAUAUUUUUCGCGUUCUUCGAGUUCUCUUCGUCAAUCCUAGUGGGCGCUACAACAAUUCUACUCUUCUUCGUGACCAAAAUUUGGUAUACUUUCCUGGAGUUGCUGUGUACAUACCAAACUUGGAAGACAAGUUACACGAAUUUGCGGGUGGAAACCAACAAUGGUCGUGGAAACCUGGUGGACAUGCAUUCUGUAAUCUAUUCUACACUUUGGACAGGAUAUAGCAAAAAUAUUUAUAGAGUUUUUCUUGCUUGGAUUGAAGGGUUUGAUGAAAUUCGAAAGCUCGAGACACGGGACAUCUACGAGGUAGCAUUCAAAGGCUCAACUUCCACUAGACAAACGAUACUUGGAUUGCCAGCAAAUAUCAAUGUUACGCACGUUACUUGGGAGCCUGGAGGAAAUUUUUUAUUUAUUGUACUCGAUAGUGGUUUUGACGACAGUGCUAAUCUUACAACUGGUGGAGAAAGGCUUAGAAACAAUGGCUACUUCAUUAAGUCUACAUUUUUUCCUCAUACUACGGAUGUUCAUGAAUGGAGUUUUAGAGAUAAUUAUGCAGAGCAAACUGUGGACGGAAGAGAAUUUGCACGGCAUAGUUCAUGUGUCUAUCACAACUUUCGUCAGUUUAGAAAAACUGAUCAGCUCCAUUUAGUGCACUAUUCUCUAAUGCCUGGUUUAUUAAGCUUUUAUACUAUUUGCUUACAUUUUAGUCACACUGGGAUCAACGCUCCGCCUAGCAUUCAGGAUGACGAUAAGCAACAUGAAUUGUUGUCAAGUUUACACCUAGAUGUAAUCCCAGAAGACAGAAAAUUUGUCAAGUCGUUGGACGAGAAGGACUCCAAGUUAACGCUGGUCAGUGUUAUGGAAACUGAUGCUAUAUUGAAAUAUGAUGCUCACAACUUAAAAGAUUUCUCUAGCACAUCUGCAGUUCAUAAAGCUCUUAUGGAACUCAAUGAACGGAGAACAUUUAUAACUCCCUCAACUUCCUCUGUUUCGGAACUCUAUGCUAUACAUGGGACAGGUGAUAACACAGAUUACGGACAAAGAUUAACUUUGAAAACUACUACGAGAGAGGAAAACUGUUGUCUGAUUUAGGUGUCGUUGAUGACUUGAGUGGUUUUGGAGGUAUAGAGUGUGCUCGUAUCGAGUCUUCAUACAUAAUAAGCUUGCGCGAGUUGGACAUGAAGCACGUGAAGGAUUUUGUAUUUCUACAUGAAAAUAUUGAACAGACUAUGGUCAUUCUUCACGAAUGGGAGCUUACUUGGACAGGACGUGUCUCCUGGAAGCAACACACCUGCAUGAUUCGUGCUCCAAGUAUUAAUACUACUUCAAAGCAACAUUCCCUCGUAUGGUCCACUAUUAAACUACUGAGAAUUAAAACUGUGGUUGUUGUCUUUGAUCGUGGCAAAUCAGCACGAACAAAUGAUAAGCUGGACAGUCUUCUAGACAAGGAAAAGUUUGGGGUAAACCGCAUAGGAGGAGAAAGAAAAUCAGUAAUUACUGUUGGUUAAACUUCAACAUAGAAGUCACUAACAAGCUGGUUAG